AUGAUGGCCCCAACCUUUCCUCCCCAUGCGGGCAUGGCUCCCGGGCACCCAGGUAUGCCCCAUGGACAUCCUAUGGCGGGAAUGCAGCAUCCAGGAGCUGGCCACAUGGGGGUCCAACCGGGGCCUGGAAUGAUGCAGGGUAUGCAUCCUGGCGUCUCGGGGCCGCAGGUCACACAGGGACCUAUGGUAACCGGCAUGCCUCCAGGUGCUGGGACGCCCGCCCCUGGCCCUAUGCACAAUGGCACAAUGGCGAUGGCACAUCUUGGUCCUCAACAAGCAAUGUUUCAACAGCAGCACCCACAAAUGAACUUUGGUCAGAUGCCCAUGACACCGCAACAGCAGCAGAUGCUUGCCCGACAGCGCAUGAUGCAGCAGAUGCAACAGCAACAGCAGCAAGGGAUGCCGAUGGGCUUGCCGAACGGGCCCAGCUUCAAUCAAGCACAGUUGGCACAAAUGAAAAUGGGAAUGGGAAUGCAUCCGCAGAUGCAAAUGAACCCGAAUAACCCUCAGGUACAAAAUUUCCAGCACCAGCAACAGCAACACCAGCAACGCUUGAUGCAGGCUCAACAGGCCCAGGCGGCUCACCAUGCAGCUCAAAUGGCCGCCGCUCAGAACCAGAGGGCCGCUAAUCAGCAGAUGCAAAUGACUCGAUCCCAGGAACGGCACACUCAGACUCCGGUUUCUCAACCGACGCCGAUCCCGCAGACUCAAGCUCCACAGCAGCCAGUGCCAACAUCGCAGCCUCAACCGCAACCUUCGCAACCGAAACCCCAACAACCACAGGCGCAACCGGGCGGCAACCAGCAGCAAACCCAACCAGCCAGCCAGCCAGUGAAGACGAGUGAGCCCGAAGAAGAACCAACAGUGAAACAACAACACGACGUAGCCGCGCCUAUGCUCGUACCCGAGGUGGCCAAGCCUGACACGAUGAUGGGAGGUCAGUGCAUUUUACAGUUAAUCAUGUAUCAGGACACUCUCGCCGCCCCCGAUCGACCUCAUGACUUGGACUAUUGGGAACAAAUCAUUGGACGGUACUUUUCGCCGUUUGGAUCCAUACGACAGCAGCUGUUCAGCAACAAAAACGGGGUGGACAAGUCCUUCCAGCUUCAGUAUCCGUCACUGGCUCGCUAUUAUCACACACACUUUGCGAGCGGAGUGAAACAGCUCCUGUUGCAGUCGUACGAUCACAAUCAAAACAAAUUGCCGAAUGGCGGGGUACACAUCUGGAGCAGCAAUGCGAGUCUGACCUAUAUCUUCGGCAAUGAUAUCCGAGUGACGACGACUGGACAGCUGCGGGUCAUUUUUGACGACAUGCAAAAGAUAGAACAUCUCAAUAUUAGCACAUCCGGUUGGCAAGAAUACAUUCCCCGAAACGCUCUUACCCAGCCACCAUCCCCCGAGACGAAGCAGAGUCCUAAGAUCAACAAAAAUGUCAAACGCGCUCAAGGAAAAGCGGCGGCAUUGAGUACACAGCUCAUCAUUCCCAGCUCCGGGGUUGGCGAAUGGGGAGUGCCGAAUCACAUUUUUCAAUUUCUCGAGAUUGCGGAGGUCAUGACGGCCAUGGGCCCGCUCAUGGAAUAUUUCCAUUCUCAUCCCGGAGUCGGCAUCAAGGAGACCAUGUUCAGAGUCACUCAAGAAAACGCCCAAGCCAUGGCCCAGGUCAAUAGUACUCGAAUGCAGAACCAUAUGGCGCGAACUGCGAACGGUCAAGUACCAUAUAGCAACGCGAUGCACCCCGGCAUGAACGGCCCAACGAUGAUGAACUCGCCCGGGAUGGGGCACCUGGCAGUCUCCCAGACUCAAGGAUCACCCCUCAUGGGAGGGCCGGUACAUACGCCAAGUCCCGCACAAAAUCCCGCCGCGGGUGGGGUCUCGAUGAUGCACCAGAUGAGUGCUCAGGGGUCCAAUCUCAGUGGGAGUCAAGGCCCUAGCACCAACACCAGCCCGAACGUCUCUAAUAAGCGGCGGCGUGCAAGUGCCGUCAAGCUUGAAGAAGAGAAUGCUGGGGGAGAGCCGAGUGGGCCCAGCAAAGUUAAACCCAGUCCCAAGAUUGGGGGCAAAAGGCAGAAAGCCGCCGCCGGUGCGUCGUGA